AUUGAAAAAAAUUUAAUAAUAUGUCAAUAACAAGGAUAGGUGUUUGUACAAUGAACCAAUUUGCGAUGGAUUUUGAUUACAACCUCUAAAAUAUAAUUGAGAGCAUAGAGAUCUGUAAGAGAAAGCAAUGUCUAUACCGAAUUGGUCCAGAAUUAGAAGUUUGUGGUUACAUGUGUGAAGAUCAUUUUCUAGAGUCAGAUACUGUUACUCAUUGUUGGUAAGAAUUUUGAAUAAUAUUAAAAGGGAAGCUGUAUCUGAAAUAUUACCUUAUACAAAUAAUAUUGUAUGUGAUAUUGGAAUGCCUGUAAUACAUAAAAGUGUAUUUUAUAAUUGUAGAGUGAUUCUUUUAAAUUAGAAAAUACAUCUGAUAAGACCUAAGAUUUAUUUGGCAGAUGAUGGAAAUUAUAGAGAAUCAAGAUAUUUUACACCAUGGAGUAAAGAAAUAGAGGAAUUAGAAUUACCAACAUUCAUUUAAAAGAUAACAGGAUAAAAAUGUGUUCCAAUAGGAGUAGCAAUAUUAUAAACAUUGGAUACAGAAAUAGGUAUAGAAAUAUGUGAAGAAAUGUGGACUCCAAUACCAACAAGUGCAAGUUAAGCACUUGAUGGAGCUGAGAUUAUUAUAAAUUCGAGUGGUUCUCAUUUUUAGGUAGGAAAAAUAAAAGAGAGAACAGAAUUAUUUAAAGACAUAACAAAAAGAAAUGGUGCUUGUUAUGCAUUUUGUAAUUUAAGAGGAUGUGAUGGUAAUAGAUUGUAUUUUGAUGGAUGUUCUUGUAUAGUUUUAAAUGGAAAAGUAUUUGCAAAAAGUGAUGCAUUCUCUCUAAAAGAUGUUGAAGUUACUACUUGUGACAUAGAUUUGUAGGAAGUGAGAAAUAUUAGAAUUAAUAUAAAGAGUAGAUCUUUGAUGGCUUCAAAAUAGAAACAUUUCCCUCGUGUUAAAUUAAAUAUUAAUUUAACAUAAUAAUAAAAUUAUGUUUAUUAUAAAGAUAUUCCAAUAUAAUAUGAAACUGAAAUAGAAGAUUCUAUAGCAUGUUAUUUAUGGGAUUAUUUAAGAAGAUCAGGAGCAACAGGAUUUAUGUUACCUUUAUCAGGUGGAGUUGAUAGUGCAGCUACAGCAAUUAGUGUAUUUUUUAUGGCUAAUAAAAUAUACUAAUCAAUUUCUAUCAUAGAUAAUGAUUAUAACACUCAUAAUAAAGUUCUUAAAUAACUUAGACAAAUAGUCUAGGAUGAAAAUUUCACUCCAUAAUCUCCAUAAGAAAUUGUUAAUAAGAUUUUUUUUACUGUUUAUUUGGAAUCAUAAAAUUCUUCACCUGAGUCAAAACAUCGAUCUUAACUUUUAGCUGAAUAAAUAGGAAGCUAACACUAUGAAGUUAAUAUUGAUGAUGUUUGUAAUGCAUGUUUAAAUGCCAUUAAACCUAUUUUAAAAGAAGAACCUCAAUAUGUAGUCAAUGGAGGUACUUUAUAAGAAGAUUUGGCUUUGUAGAAUAUUUAGGCUAGAUCUAGAAUGAUCAUCACCUAUUUAUUAGCUCAGCUUACUCCUUGGAAUAAUGGAAAGUAAGGGUUUUUGAUUGUUUUGGGAUCAAGCAAUCUUGAUGAAUCAUUAAGAGGUUUUUUUACAAAAUAUGACUGUUCAAGUGCGGAUAUAAAUCCUAUUGGAAGUUUAAGCAAAAAUGACUUAAAAUAACUUUUAGACUUUUGUUACAAAACUUAUAGUUUUUCUGCUAUUAAAUUAAUUUUAGAAGCUAAGCCCUCUCCAGAAUUAAGACCUUUAACAGCUGAAGGACAUGUUUCUGAAAAAGAUAUGGAGUUAACUUUUGAUGAAUUAGAAACAUUUGCUAAAUUAAGAAAAGUUUAAAAACUAGGUCCAGUUAGUUUAUUUAAAAAAUUAAGAUAUUUAUGGAGUGAUUUAUCACCAUAACAAGUUGCAGAAAAAGUUAAGAAAUUUUUUAAAUUUUAUGCUAUUAAUAGACAUAAAGUUGUUAGCAUAACUGCUUCAUUUCAUGCUUAAUCAUACUCUUGUGAUGAUAAUCGAUUUGAUUUUAGAUAAUUCUUAUAUAAUUGGAGAUGGCCAUGGUAAUUCUCAAAAAUUGAUGAGAAUUCCAAAUGA